CAGUAGAUGGCAGUAAUGCACCAUAACGCUGUGUGCCAUCUGCCAUAAAAUAAUACCAGAAGAAGAAGCUGACCCUUCUUAUUUCCGGCAUUUCCCGCGCAUGCGUGGAAAACACUUCCAAAUUGAAACGAAGCGAGGGAAAAACUAAAGUGGACCCGGGACUCGUAAGUUCGCUACAUCAGUAUCAUGCCUUUCCACGCUGUGGUGGACGGGGCAAGAACAGGUGUUCAAGUGCCGCAACACCUGACCAGGAUUCCCAUCAACCUCAUCAGCACCAGCUCAGAUUUGACAAAUGCAAUAGUUAAGGGAAAGGUUCUCCGUAAAGGACCUCUAGUCUCAGCCACACUUCAUGACUUCAUCCUGAAAGCUGUCAUUCAAGAAGAAGACUCUCAGCCAAGCAGUUCAGCCCAGAUCAAUGCCAUCAACAUUGUUCUUUUUGGAGAACUGGCAAAGAAUUUCAGUGAGGGUGUCAGCCCAGGGGAUGUGGUGAUGGCCUCUGGCUUCACAGUGAGCAAGUCUCCCACAGCUAGUAAGGACAAGCUUCACCCCCUUCACUUGCUGCUGUCGCAAGAUGCCAAUAUCUAUUGUUUUUCCCAAAGUUCAUCUCUUAAUCCCAGAUCUGCUGUGGACAGCAAAAGAAGCAGCACAGUCUCUGCCGAGGUUUUAAAUAAGACCAAGGUUCCGAAAUACACAUAUACUCGCUUGGGUGACCUGAAGUCUGGAAAUGUAGUCAAUGUGUAUGGUGUAGUUGUGUUCUUCAAACAGCCUUUCAAGUCUCACGGAACAGAUUUCUGCUCCAGUCUGAAGAUCACCGAUCAGUCCAACCGCAAUGUUAGCUGCACCAUCUUCUGUGAAAAGCUGGAGCAACAUCCCAAAAUCUUUCAAAUCGGUGACAUUGUUCGGAUGCACAGAGUCAAGGUCAAGCUCUUUAACAACGCCAUCACGCUGGUCAACACGUUUGGUUUCUCCGUGAUAACAUUUGACGGGAAAUCGAGUGGAACUGUGGAGCCUCGGACAUCCAGCCGCACCUUCCACUUCGAUGAGCAGGACCGGAAAACAGUGGAGGAGCUGCAGAAAUGGAUUUCCACUCAGAACGUCCUUCCAGCAUCGCCAGCCUCAGUCACUUUGUCUGCUAUUCAGCCCAAAGCAUACUUUGAUUUGACCUGUCAGCUUCUGGCAAAAGCUACCAUUGACACCACCUGCACUCUACUGAGGGUUUGGGAUGGGACCAGGAGUCCUAACACUUUUGUGUCUGUUGAUCCCAACGAUGUAGAGGGGCCAACCUCAUUUUCAAGGGAGAAAGAGAGCUUCAUUGCCAAUAUUCUUGUGUAUGACAACCACUCGAUGUUUGCCAAGCAGCUUAAGCAGCUCGGUGCUUUUCUGAGGAUUUACAACCUUCGAGCAGUUCCAGUAUCCAGUAAAGUGCGAGACAUCAACAGAAACCAAGCAGAGGCAGGUGAUCAUCUAGCUCUUCACCUGCAUGGAGGCACGUCAUUCGGCAGAGGAAUCCGAGUUCUUCCAGAAAACAGCCCUGAUGUUGAGAAGCUAAAGAGGGCUAUUGCAUUUCUCACAGAAGAUGUUGAGGACUUUACCGCUGAGCCGACUGAUUUAGAGCUUCAUGAGGUCUGGAGCACUCCACCAGAAUUUUUAGAAGACAAAGCUGAGACAAAUAGCACAUGUAGCACAUCAGCAGAGGGAAGCUGCAGGCCCCAACAGCAGCAAGUGACGCUGUCACAGCUAAAGCAGAGCACGCCUGGCCAGGUUUACCAUGUCCGAGCUCAGCUAAGAUCCUACGAGCCUAGCAAACUCCACCAGGCUCUAAAACUCUUCUGCAGCAAGUGUUCAUCAAUUCAGGACAUUCCAGAUGAUGAACUGUUGGCAACCAUCUUCUCUGACGCAUCCAAAAACUCUGAAAACUGCAGUCUUCCAAAAUGGGCAGUGCCUGGACGUAUCGAGCUUCCUUCAGGGUCCACAAAACGAGCGGUCAGGUUUUACGUGUCCCCUCGAUUAAAGGAAGAGGGCAAACCAAAGGAGCUUCUCUUCAUCAGGGGGACAACUCUAGAAGAAACAUGCCACCUAGCUCAAGGCUACAAGAACAUUGUUCCUGUUACAUCUUCAGAAAGUUGCCUGGCUCUGAUGGAUCUAUCUUCACCUUUCUUGUUCAGAGGGCCUCGGAGAUACUAUGGAUGCAAGCAGUGCUCUCAAGCCACUUUGAGUGAGCUGCCUUCACUAGACAAGCUGUUGGAUGAGAAGAUCAUUGCAGAAGCCCUGGGGGUUCAACUGCUGAAGUUUGUAUUGCUGAUGAAACUUCAGCUCCAGGAUGCAACCGACACACUGGAGGUCUUUCUGUGGAAACAUGCUGAGCUGUUCCUGGGUGUGUCAGCAGAGGAGGUGGCAAUCAGUCAGGAGGCUCAGAGCAGUGUGCACGCCACUUUGGAGUCACUUUGUCCAACAAAGGGCGCUGUUGGUCUCCGACCAUGGCUGGACCUGAGUCUGAUUUCAUACUGGGGAGAUGGGGAGGAGGGCCAGAAGCAGACCUGCUAUCAGAUCUGCAGCCCCCCCAUCUCAAGACCCUCAUCUGGACAGUCAGAGCACACGUGAAUUAGCUCGUCCAGCUCAGUGGGAACGUUUUAUUUUAUUUUAUUUUAUUAUUAUUUUUUGGGGGGCUCGGUGGGAAAGUUCUGCAGCCCCUUCAGAAGUUUGAGAAGUUUUUCUCCUGGUUCAUCCUUCAUAUUUGUUUACCGUGUUGACUUUAUAGACUUAUAUAAGAUGUUCUGACAGAUCUCUAAAAUGUUUUAACUGAAAAGAGUUUAACAUGCAAUAAAUAAUUGAAAUUCA